AUGGCGCCAAAGUCUAGAUUUGAUUCCCGUGCAGCUAGCCUAGAUGAGUUGGCUGUCAAGGGGGAUUUCUCAAAUGGACAGCAGGGAAAUUUGAGAAAUGUCGAUUCGGAUAGGCCUGCAAGCUUUCGUGAUGGUAAUGACAGUCGGAUGUCUAUUUCUGAUACUAGUAUGGUGCAGGGAAAUUCUACAUCUUCACGAGAUUCGGAUUCGUUUUCCCAGUAUUUAAAGUUGGAUCCAAUAACCACAGGAGGUCCAAAGUAUACUAGUUUAAAUGACUUAAAGCGGGCUCUGAGGAUAUCUCAUGUAAACACUCUUGAAGACUGUACUUUUCAAAGUGGUAAUCCGAAGUCUCGCAUUCCAGCGGAUCCGGAGGAACUGAAACGAUUCAAAGCACGUCUACAGGAGGCUUCUGCCCGGGCUAGUGAUAAAUCAAAGAGGUUGGAUGAAUCUGUACACAAAUUGAACAAAUGUUGGGAGGCCUUAAACUCAAAGAAGCAAUUUCAGAACGAGGGGUUACCAAAUGAAAGGACGAGUGGGUCCCAUUUAUCUAACAUGGGAAGUCAGACUCAUCAGAGCACUACAGAGCUUGCAAAUAAAAAACCAGAGGAUAUACCUAAGAAAAUCAUUCUGAACGCGCAAAUCCGUACAUCAGCUGCUGAGAUACAGGCGGAAGGGCUAAACAAUAGCUUUGGCAGACAGCCUUUGACAAUUGGAAAGGAUAAAGACAACAUCGAGGAUGUUGGCAAGGUUUGUGAUGGUGUUCAAGAGAAGAUUCAAAGGUUACCUGUAAGUGGAGAAACAUGGGAUAGAAAAAUGAAAAGAAAACAUUCCAUGCGCACCGUCACAUCCGGAUCCACUGAUGGGGAAGGAGAGCCGAAAAGAGUUAUGUAUCUAAAGCAAGCUAAUGAGUCUGGUCUGCAGUCUUGUGAUGCCAUAGGUUUGAGAUUUGAUGACCAUGGCAAAAAUUAUACCAGUGGUAUUUAUCCACAUACAAAAGUCAAAGCUUCAAGGGCACCUCGAUCUGGUAACUUGAUAGUUGGAAACUCAUCUUCUGAAACACUUGACGCCCGGGAGCAACCAUCAAAUGUGAACCAGCCUCAUUCAUCGAUUGAGGCAAUCAAUCAUAAGCGUCCUUUUCCUAUAGAAUCGUCUAUGUCCGAUUUAGCCCAAUGGGCUGGGCAGAGGCCUCAAAAAAGUUCUCGCACUCGAAGAGCAAAUGGGGUAUCGCCGUCGGUCUUCAAUUGUGAUGAAAUGCCUAUGCCAUUUGAAGGCUGUUCCCCUUCUAGCGGUACUAUAAUGACUUCUACUACAACUAGUGGACCACCUACAUCCAAGGGUGCUAUCAACAACAUGCAAUGCACUAGGAAUAAAAAUGACGACAAUUCAUUCCAGACCAGAAUAUGUGAAAGUGUAGAAUCUGGCGCCAGAGAAAAUGGUGAAAAUAAAUUAAAGGAGAAAGUAUUGGACAGAAACAAAGGUGAUGGAAGAGCCAUAAAUGAUUCCUGUAAUAUAGGUUCCUACAUGUCAAUGACUAAAAAGGAAAUAAAGCUGAACAAAGAAGAGACUGGAGAUGGUCUGCAUAGACAGUGUAGUGGCAGCAAGGGCUUUUCAGUUUUGAAGAAUGGCAUCUCAUCGACAGAAGAGAAGUCUGAGAUUUUAUCCUUGACAAAGCGAACUCGUAAUACGAAACCUUCUUCUCUAAAGAAUGCAAGUAGAUCAAGGCGACCUCGUAUGAAGAAGCCACACAAUAGUAAAGCUAUUGCUCAUCUUGGGCAUCCAUCAACUAGUAGUUCCCCGGAUAUUGCAGGUAGGUCAGGUGAUGACUGUGAGGAACUAUUAUUUGCGGCCAACAUUGCUAGCAAUGCCAGCCAUACUGGCUGUUCUAGUUUAUUCUGGAAGAAAAUGGAACCUAAUUUUGCUCCUGUUAACUUGGAAGUCAUAGACCACUUGAAGCAGCAGGUUAAAACAAUAGAGGAUGAUCAAAGUUAUUUAUCUCAAAUGCAUUGCUUUCAAAGUGAUGCCCUGGAUGCGGUUGUGUUUACGAACAACUUUUUUUCGCAAUAUCCACUUGAAGGAGAAAGAGGGAGAAACAUUUUAAAUCAAUCUGAUUCAAAAGAGCUAUCUUCAAUGGUUGACAUGGUUGUUCAACCUCACGAAGACAGCUUUCUGUCCAGUCAAAUGGAUUUACAAUACAAACUACCCCCAUUGUACCACAGAGUAUUGACAGCUUUGAUCAUUGACGAUCAAAUUGAAGAAACUGUUGGAGAUGAAAACAUAUCUUUUCUGCAUGAAAGAGAUGACCCUCCUGUUGGAUUCUGCACUGACACAGUUUCCUGUAGUGGGAAUGCUACCUUUACAUGUGACAAAAUGUCUCUGGAAGAUAAACUCUUAAUGGAGCUACAGAGUGUCGGCAUAUACCCAGAACAAGUGCCUGAGCUUGCUGAUGGAGGUUGUGAAGCUAUUGAUCAAGAAAUUACUCAAUUGCAAAAGGGAAGCUGUCAGCAGCUCAUCAAAAAGAAAGAAGGAUUUAUGAAACUUAUUCAAGCAGUAGAAGAUGGCAGGGAAUUGGAACAGCGAGCCCUUGAGCAAGUUGCUAUGGACAAACUUGUUGAGUUUGCUUAUAAGAAGAAGCUGGCCACUCGGGGAACUAUCGCAGCAAAGUAUGGAAUUUCUAAGGCCUCAAGGCCAGUUGCUUUGGCUUUCAUGAAGAGGACUCUUGCUAGAUGCCGGGCAUUUGAGGAGACCAGGAAAAGUUGCUUUUUGGAUCCCAUGUUUAAAGAUGUCCUAUUUGCAACUCCUGCUCUUGACAACUAUACCGUUUCAACUGUUUCUGAUAACCGACCACUUGCUCAAAACUCUCGGCAAGAUUUUGCACCACCAGAUUCAUUUCCUUCCAGGGAGCAAAAUGUCGGGGCAAGUUCAAACCAUCGAUCCAACCUGGAUUUUGCCAGGACUGGACCAAUACUGAACGGAGGGAAGAAAGGUAAAGUGCUACCUGAUGAUGUUGGUGUUAGCACUUAUUUGGGAGGGAAGAAAGGAGAAGUGCUACUUGAUGAUGUUGGUGCUAGGGAUUAUUUGGGAGGGAAGAAAGGAAAACUGCUACUUGAUGAUGUUGGUGCUAGUGCUUUGGGAGGGGAAAAAGAAAAAGUGCUACUUGAUGAUGUUGGUGCUAGUGCUUCUUUGGGAGGGAAAAAAGGAGAAGUGCUACUUGAUGGUGUUGGUGCUAGUGCUUCUUUGGGAGGAAAGAAAGGAGAAGUGGCACUUGACGGUGUCGGUGCUAGUGCUUCUUUGGGAGGGAAGAGAGGAGAAGAGCUAUUUGACAAUGUUGGUGUUGAUGCUAAAGGAGAAAUGCUACUUGACGGUGUUAGGGCUAGCACUUCUUUGGGAGGAAAGAAAGGAGAAGUGCCACUUGACGGUGUUAGGGCUAGUGCUUCUUUGGGAGGGAGGAGAGAAGUGCUAUUUGAGGAUGUCGGUGUUGAUGCUAGUGCUUCUUUGGGAGGAAAGAAAGGAGAAGUGCUACUUGCUGGUGCUUCUUUGGGAGGGAAGAAGGGAGAAGUACUACUUGAGGAUGUUGGUGCUAGUGCAACUCUUGGUAAUUCGUUCUUGAGUGGAACAACGGGAAAGAGGAGUAAAAGAGGGACAAACAAGGACACUUCUAUAAGAAAUUAUGUUAAAAGAGGUGGUCGUUCUUCUGCAAGUAACACAAGGAGUGGGCGUAAACCAAAAGCGAAGGGCAAACCGAAGACAGACCAACUCUCUACUUCUGCAGAAGGAUCACUUCACAAGUUGGUGGAAAAUACCAACUCUAAGCAUCAAUUGGCUUGUGGCUCUGAUCAACUGGUUUCCAGUGGUAACAAUAAUGUUGGCUCUGUAUCUCAUGGUUCUAGUACUAUUGAUUUUGCCUUUGAAACUGAGGAUCCCUUGGAUUUAACAAACAUGCCUGAACUAGACUCCAUAGAAAAUGGUGCAGAUAAAGAUCUGGAUUCUUGGUUAAACAUUGAUGUGGAUGCCUUAGAAGAUGAUGAUGAUGCGGUGGGCCUAGACAUACCGAUGGAUGAUCUGUUCACGGUUCUGUGA